AUGUUCUUGGACAGCGUACUGCCAAAGAAGAAGCAGUGUUGGUCGGGUGCGGGGAGUUGCAUCGGACGUAGGAUCCAAACCCAAAGGACCGGUCGGUCCACGGCCUGGUUCGCUAUCGGAGACGCUCAGAAGGUUUUCGACGAGACAUUGGUCCCUGAAAUUCGCUCCUUGCUCGACGCAGCCGGAGUCGUCUACCCUGGAGUCCACUUGCGUCUUUACAUGGUUGGGUCUCGCGAAGAAAAGGCGUCCCCAACCAUCAUGGUAUGCUGCGAAGAUCCUUCGGUCCGGAAACACAUCAAAGCAUCGAUCCAAGAAAGCAAAUUACUCCAUGGCCAUCCUGGCUUCCGACUAGGUUCUAGUGCUCUACCGCUCGAAGCGCCUGUACCGCCGACGAGGCUAGCCGAUGACGAGGCCGCUUCUUCGCACGGGAGGCAGCAAACAUGCCCGACAGUCGACGAAGCUGAAUCCAUCAAUAUAUAUAGCCUUCUUUCGAAUACAGGAUCAAUUGUAGGAAGCCGUUUCAUCGCCAAGAAAAACUUCAGCCAAGAUUUCAUUCGCGCCGCAACGGCCGGAGUAGUCUGGCAGAUAGAUCACGACUUCUAUCAGUUCACCGUCGGCCAUAUCUGCGACCCCAGGGAAGAUAAUUCGACGAAUGGUGGGUGGGACCUGGAAGAGUGUGAUCUGGGACUCUCGGAGGAUGAGGAAUAUGGUCAUGACAACGAUCUACUGCCGGCGGGAUCUGAGAUCACAAGCCGAGGCAGCCGCUCUACAUCGCCUUCCUCGUCGCGGAACGAUACAGCGUCGCCAUCUCCAACUGAAAGUGCGUCCAGCGGCAGCCGUGCCGGUUUAGAGUUGCAGCUCUGGACUGGCGGAAGACAUUAUGACACACCUAUUUCCACGCCCGGCGACGGUGACUCUAAACCCAGCCGGGUAGGAGCUAUAAAGCUACGCUCGACAGACAGUCCAAGUUCAGCUCUGGAUUUGGAUUAUGCUUUGGUCCUGUUGGAUCCGGCUGCAGACUUAGAUUAUCUCGAUCAUGCAACUAUCAACCAAAUCUGCUACACGAGGUCAGGAUCGAAGCAAUUCAUGAAUGUUUCAAGACCUGCUCCUAUACCCGAUACGGAGGUUGAUGUGCUCAUCGCAACUUCAUCGGGAGGAGUCCAGGAUGGCACUCUCCUUCCUUCCACAGACUACCAUCUUCAAGAGAGCCCCGCCGGAUCAUGCCGGAAGACUCACGUCGUCCUAGUCGACGGCUCGGUCGUCGAAGGUGACUGUGGAGCAGUUGUCAUCAAUGCGCAGACGGGAGAGCUGUAUGGUCAUAUUGUGUCCGGCUGCGCAGGUACGAGCAUCGCAUAUAUCGUCCCCGGAAGCGACAUCUUCGAAGACAUCUCCGCACGUUUCGGCUUUCUCCUAGACGGCGAUCUUAUUCAGGUAUCUCGCGGCGCCGACGAAGAGGAUUGGGAGGAACUCCUCAGCCGGACAUCGGCUUCAGAGCAAGUCGACUGGGCAGAAAGAAGCACGGUACUAAGCAUAACUUCGCAUGCAGAUGCCGAUGUCUCGGUACCACGCCCCCGUUUGACAGUUCGUCGAGAUCAUGCGCACCCCUCAUGGGUAUAUGCGACUUCAUCGCCAGCGCUGCCAGUGGUAUAUAGAUGGCUGAUCGAUGUCGAAGAGCCUUCGCAAUCCAGCCAGCCGCAUAGUCAUACGACACUGAGCCUGUCCCGGAAAUAUCAGCACCUGACGGACGCUGUCAUGUCAUACCGGGUUUCGCCGAAUACCGUGGGUUUUAUGAUAGCGAUUGUUCAGGUGUUCAUCCAGACACCUCCACAAGACCAUAUACUAUGGCUGCGAUUCGCGGAGCUUAUCAUCACGAUUAUGGAGGAUUUCUGGAAUAAAGCGAUGGUGAUAGACAAUGCUGCUAUCACGCUCAUGGUCCUCCGAGCAUUCAACGAAAUUCUGGAUGCGCUGCUAGAGGGCUCACCACAUCCGUCGCCGAUGUUCGCAACAGCGAAGACGCUUUGGCUCGAAAGGUUGACGGACUCCCGUCGAUCUAGCUCAUCUGCGGGCACAAUAUCUCGUGGGGAAGCCGAGGAGGUGCCAGAUCAGUCCGCCAGCGACUCCGGCCGGCAAUAG